AUGGAAACCGAUGAUUUGAUAUUGAAAAGAUUGCCGAAGAAAGCGAGAAGUUGGGCUGUUUUGAUUGGUGGAGUUAUGUGUAUGAUAACAUUUGGGAUUGUUUAUACAUGUGGUGAGUAUACAAAAAAAAAUUUUUAAUUUCAAAUCCCCUCAUUUUCAGGAAACCUCUUACCAUAUUUGGUCUCAUAUUUCCGCUGGAAAAUUGAUCCAACAAUGCGAAAUGGUCAAAUGAUUUGGCUUCAAACAUUAUUAAGUGGUCUCCCAAUGGGAAUGGUUAUUGGCGGAAUUGUUGAAAGAAAGUUGGGUGGUAGAAUUGGUGGAAUGAUUGGUGCAAUCAUUUAUACAUCCGGUGUUGGUUUAACUUAUUAUUCAAUUCAAAUUUCUUAUUUGGCUAUGUUAUCAACGAUGGGAGUUAUUGCAAGUAUUGGAAGUAGUAUUGCAUAUAGUUCCAUUUUACCAACAGCGCAACGGGUUUGUUUUUUAAGAGGGGGGGGGUUAAUGUACUCCAAGAAUAUUUUUUAAAGCUUAAACCUAGGUCUUUUUUCUAUAAAUUAAGUUCAAAUGAAACUAGGGUGCAGAAGAAACUGCUGAAAAAUCUUUUUUUUUUUCUGAGUUACCCUAACUUUUGAGACAAACUUUUCCUCUCAAGAUUAAUCUGAAAAAAAAUUAAAAAUCAAAUUUUUACAGUGGCUCCCGGAUAAUGUCGGCCUUGCUGGUGGUGUUAUAAUCGGUGGAUACGGCUGUGGUGCAUUCAUCCUUUCGCCCCUCCAAACAACAUUUAUAAAUCCCCUCGAUUACCGUGUAAAUGAUGAAGGAUAUUUUACCCAAGAAGAUCUUCUCGAAAGAGUUCCCUCUGUUUUUCUAGUCAUGGCUAUGUUCUUCGCAGUUCUCCAGUCAAUUGGUCUCAUUUUCAUCGGUCAGCCAAAUGAAGAAAUUGAAAUUGAGAAUCAAAGUAUUUUGGGAAAUGAAGAGGAAGUGUUAAUUGAAAAAUCACGAAUUUGGCCACAACUUAAAUCCACAACCUUUGUUGUUUUAUUUGCUUCCUUAACUUGUAAUGCAGUUUGGGUGCAAUUAACAAGUGGAUUAUAUAAAGCAUACGGUCAGCAAUUUAUUGAUUCCGAUCUAUUUUUAUCACUGAUUGGAAGUUUGUCAUCAAUUUUUAAUGCUGGAAGUCGAAUUGUUUGGGGAGCAAUUGCAGAUGCGGUGAGAUUUUCGAUUUUUUUGAUUUAUGAUUGAUCAAUUGCAGUCCUCAUACCAACUUUCAAUGUCAAUAGUUUGCACAAUGGGUGCUCUACUCGCCUUCUGUCUUCCUGUCGUCAAAUAUGUUGCCAGUGAUCUUCUUUUCCUUCUCGUCGUUUGUCUCAUAUUUUCAUGCAUCGGUGGCACGUUUUCAAUCUUCCCGUAUAUUACUCACAAAUGUUUUAGCAAGGAUAAUUUUAGUGUUAUGUAUGGAUUUUUGCAAUGUUCGGUGGUGAGUGGGUUAGGGAAAAAUCAUUUGUCUAAAGUUGGGCUAACUUGGGAAAAGGAUUAUUGAAUUUCUGCAUCGAAAGUCGCAAAGAUACUUUGAGAUUUACUGUAGCCGUUAACUGUGACACAAAAUUCGAACUGCAAAGAUUACUGUAUUCAAAGACUGCAAGCUUAGGAGGAUUCGGUACACUAAACUGCAAACAGUACUGUAGCUUCAGCAAAAAUUACGGUAGCCACAGUUAGCUGUAACGCAAAAUUCGAACUACAAGGAUUACUGUAUUCGAAGACUGUUCAAGCGCAAGUUCCAAACUGCAAGGCUUACUGUAGCAUCAGUUUUUAGAACUGCAAGAAUUACAGUUAACUGUACCGCAAAAUUCGAACUGCAAAGAUUACUGUAUCUGAAAAACUGUUAAAGUUCAAGUUCCAAACUGCAAGCGUUACUGUAGCUUCAGAUCUUAAGACUGCAAAAAAUACGGUAGUCAAAUUUACAUUAGAUAUACCGCUCUCAAGGGGUACUGUAGCUUCAGAUCUUAAAAUUACAAGAAUUAGCCAAAGUUAACUGUAAUGCAAAUUCAGAACUGCAAAGAUUACUGUAUCUGAAUAACCGUUCAAGCUCAAUUCCAAACUGCAAGGCUUACUGUAGCCUCGGAUUUUAGAACUGCAAGAAUUACGGUAGUCACACUUAGCUGUAAGGCAAAAUUCGAACUACAAAGAUUACUGUAUCCGCCCCCUUCAACAAUAUUUUUCUCAGAGUUUGGCUGGUCUGAUUGCUGGCCUGAUUUCAACCCAUGCUCUACCUCGAAUCGGUUUCGAAUAUCUUUUCAUUGUUGCCGGUGCUUUCAUGUGUAUCUCAUUUAUUCUAACAACAAUUGUGAAUUACACCGAUUUGGCAAAGAUUCAAACGCAAGGACGAAGAAGGCAUGAAGAGGAAAAUGAGUAUACGAGUUUUGACUAA